UCACCCGGCACGAGAACCUUAACACCAGCUUCUGCCGGCACCGUCAACGCCAUGCCGAGUCGCGCUGCCUCCGUCUCCAAACAGGCCCUGGGCAGGACGGCCACGAUCCGCAGCGUGCCCAGUUUCGAGGAUUCCGAGACGGGCCCCGAGAGCAACCACGCCAGCGGCCUCUCCAGCAGUGUCACCAGCAAGGCCAGCGGCCUGUCUACUGUGGCGUCCAACGGGACCAUCGAGGAAGCGCCAUCGCCGAAACCCAAUCUCGAGAGCACCGUCGCUGAGGAGCCUGAGCCCUUCAGCGAUGCCAUCGGCCCGGUGGUGAGGGUCAUAACCCCAGCACCCCCAGAAGAGAACGGCGCCUUGGACGGAGAUCUGGACAAGGAGGACAGUGCGCAAUGGGAUUCGACGAUUGGCAAGGCCGGUCUAGGAAAGACGGGGCGAGUCAUCAACAAACUCGUCAGCGACAAUGACGCCCUGAAGCGCGAGAUCAAGAUUGAGAAGUUGCGCGCGGAAGAAGCCAAACAGGCGGCCAAGCUGGUCGAGGACAAGAUGGAGCGCAUGAUCAGCGAAUACGAAGGCCGACUGCUGGAAGCAAACGUCACUAAGACGCUGCUGGCAAGAAAAGAACGUCAGGUCGAAACCCUCCUGGCAACGGUCGAUACAGAGAAGAAGAAGGCAGUGGCGGCCCAGGAACUGGAGCGCAACUGGAGGGACGAAAUGGAAAAUGCCAAGCGCGAUGCCAAAAGGCAGGCCGACGACGCGACAAGCUAUGCGCAGCUGAUGGAAGGCCGAUACAACGCCAUAUCCUCCCAUUGGCGCGACCAGGGCGACGAGGUCAACAAGGCCAUAGCGACAAUCAAGACCGAGAUCACCACCAUCGUUGACGAGCGCAAGUCGGACGACGAUAAGAUCCAGACACUGCGAGACUUGUGCGAGCAGCAAGACAGCAACAUCCAGAAGCUGAGGCGCGAAAAAGAAGACAUUGCACGCUUGUUUGAGGAGUACAAGAAGGCGCAGGAGGAAAACCUCAAGGACAUUAAGGAGAACGCCCGCAAGACAGAAGCCGAGCAGCAGAGAAUAUUGGAAGAGUCCAGGGAGACGCUAAACAAGCUGAGAUGGGCUCUAAACGUCAAGGCAAACGUCCAAGGGGCUGAGUGA